AUGGCUUCAUCCGACGAGGAAAAGAAGAUUGUGCUAUACCACUACUCCGCCUCGCCAUACGCAAAACGGAUCGUGUGGUAUCUAGCUCUCAGAGGCAUUCCCUACGUCCAGUGUAUGCAACCACCAGUCCUCCCCCGCCCAGACGUAUCAAAACUAGGUCUCAGCUACCGCCGCAUCCCCAUCCUCGCCAUCGGCCGCGACAUCUACCUCGACACGCGCCUCAUGCUCCGCAAGCUGGAACAGCUCUACCCAUCCUCGCGGCCUCGCCUCGGCGCCACAAACCCAGACCACGCAGCCGUACAGCGCCUCCUCGAAGCCCUCAUCAUCGACUCCGUCUUCUCCAACGCAAUGAACGUCAUCCCCACCAACCUACCCAUGCUCAAAGACCCCAAACGCACCUGGAUCAAAGAUCGCUCCGACUUUGUCGGCGGGACCCUCUCCACCGAGACAAUGGAGCGCGGGCGGCCCAACGCCGUCAAUGAGAUCCGUCGCACAGUGGAGCUGUUGGAGACGACGCUGCUCGCCGACGGGCGGGACUGGAUUUCCGGCACGGAAAGUCCCUCGCUGGCGGAUAUCGAAGCGGUGUGGCUGCCGCUCUGGUUAGCCUCCCUCCCCGGCGCGCUGCCAGCGGAUCACAUUUCCAAAGAGCAGUUCCCCAAAGUCUUUGCCUGGAUCGAGCGGUUCCAAAAGACGACGUCGGAAGCGAGAAAGGCAGCCGGAAAAGUCCAGACGGUAUCGGGCGACGAGGCGGCGGAGAUUGUCCUCUCGUCACCAUAUAACGAACUUACCACAAGAGGAGGUGUCGACGCAAAGGACUUGCUCGUGAUCGCGCAGGGUCUCAAGGCGGGCGACGAGGUGAUUGUCUGGCCCGCCGACACGGGCGCCUCGCACAAAGACACGGGGAAGCUGCUGAGCCUUGACGGGGAGGAGGUCGUGUUCGAGAUCACGGGGCCCAAGGGGUCUGCGAGGGUUCACGCGCCGAGACACGGGUUCCGGGUGGAGAAGCUGGAGAGGUAUAACGCGCGCACUGGGGCGGCCGCGAAGCUGUGA